AUGCAUUUCCGUCGCUUCAGGAGCAAGAAGGACCAGGGGGCUGUGGUCCCACCACCUGCGGAAAAAGCUCAACCGGAGAAGAGUUCUUCACAAGAACCGAUUGAAAAAACACCGGUAACGCAUCUUGUUUCACCACUCGGUGAGCCGGGGCAAGCACAGUCGAAUGGACCAGCGACAGAUAUAGUUCGAAGUCCCGACAGCGAAUGCAAAGAUGUAACGCUACAUCCAGAUGUCCCGGAGAUGGACGCAGAGCUGAUGGAGCUCUGGGCUAAGAUUCAGGAUCGGGUGAAGGAUCUAGCGAGGCGAGAGAACAAACCAGUCAAUGAAAACAUGGACAUCGGCGAAGUCCUAGACAACCUUGAUAAAAAGAAGCCGGGUAAGAAGGACACAGUAAAGAAGUGUUUCGGUAAUACCCUGACGGUCAUCAAGAAGGUUGGUGGAUUCGUCUCGGAUGCCGCAUCGCAGGUCUUUGCACCAGCAGCACAGUGCUAUAACGCCAUCAGCUUUCUGAUUGAUGCGUAUGAGGGCUACCAGGGUGCAUUCGACGGAUUGGGUGAGCUUUUUGAAGAAUGUACAGACUACUUAAAUCGUCUCCCCUACUACGUUGAGGGGAAAAUGGAUGCAAAAUUGCUCAGGUUGGCGGCCCAGCAAUUGGACUUAUUUGUGAGAGUCUGUGACGCGGCCCUAAGCCUGCGCUACUCAGCGGGUCAAAAAGUCAAAAUGGCAUUCAAGGUCAUGUUUCUGGCAGACGAUGGGGUUCAACCUCUAUUGGGAGAAAUGGCCAAACUCGUCAACCGAGAGCGCAAUCUGGUGUCCGCACAGACGUUCCUCUCUUCUCGCCAGGCAGCCGAUGCGGCCCGCGAAGGAUUGGAUACGACCAAGCGAGUGGAGGGCGUCAUCACGGAGAUGCAGGCUAAGGAGAAGGAGAUCGAUAGCGAAAACGUCAUAAAGCAGGCGCUGGGGUUCGCAGGGCAGCCGGCUACACCCUGGCGCAUUCGAUAUCGAGAAUAUUUAAAUCAAAGACUGCCGGAGACAGGUCAGUGGAUCUUGAAUGAACCGGAAUUUGCCAGUUGGGAGACAGGGCAGUCCGCAGCGAACAUCCUCGCAAUUGAAGGAGGCAAUGGUACCGGCAAGAGCUUUCUGGCCUCGGCGAUCAUCCAACAUCUUCUGCACAAGAAAUCGAUCACAGACACGGGUCCCAGAGUUUCCACUGCGUAUUACUUCUUUGAAGGGACAGCACGGGAUGCUGUGAAAAACGCAAGCAAUCUCGAAACUGCGGCCAAAUCCGUUGUCUGGCAGUUCACCCAGGCUGAAAGACACUACAAGAAGUCAGUGGCGAAGAUCUGUGCCGAGACCCAAGAGAUCGACCCGGCUUCUAUCUCCAGCGAACUCCUGUUUGAAAACCCCGAUCUACUCGAUAUGAACGUCCUGUUCUAUAUUGUUAUCGAUGGACUGAGUGGUAAGAUGGGAGAAGGCAUGCUGCGUUUCCUAAGACGGGCGUCUGCUCUAAAUGUGAAUCAACGCGUCCGAGUACUUCUCACUGUCGACUCUGAGUGUUCCCAGCAGCUGGCAACUGUGGAUGGUGUCUCUUUAAAUUCUAUCCCCAUUAGCUCCAAGAGUCGAACGGACGUGGAAAUUGUUAUUCGGUCGAGAAUGGAUUCCAUGAUCGCCUUAAGUGAUAGGACACGCCCGGGAAUUACAGAGCUAAGAGCCAGGAUUUGCGAUGAACUCUAUCAAGCAACCACUGGUGACUAUUUCCGAAUCAACCUGGCUCUUGACGACAUCAGCAAGCGAGAGUAUAUCUCCGAUAUUACGAAUGCCUUGAAGAACGCAGGUGAAGGACGUGCUGCGCAAAUCAAGAAGGAAAUGGAAGGUCUCAACCAAAACUGCUCCGAGACAGAAAUCUCUGAGAUCAAUGAGAUCAUUAUCUGGAUUCGACGCUAUCGCGAAAUCUUGACGGAGAGACAGAUGACCGCGGCUUUGUAUGCGGCAGUUGGAGAACUGUCUCUCUUGACGCUAGCGGAUAAGAUCAAAGAGAAAUACCCUCUGUUCAAGAUUACCAAUAAGGGUGAAAUAACUUUCCGGGCUCCAGAAGUUGAAGAAUCUAUCCCUGAUAAAUGUGGUUCUCCUGCACAGGCGGAAGGACAAGAUGGCACAGAGGCAGUGGUCUCACCAGGUGAGCUGGCCAUGGUCAAGCAUUUUCUCUCCACAGUUUGUCCACAAGAGACAUACAGCAAGUUAGAAUUCGAGAAGUUUCUUGAAAGCAAAAAGCAGAGUCGGAGUAACCGAAUCUACAAGAACGAACCGCACAUCGAGGAGGCCAAGAUGGCGCUCACUUGCCUGCGCCUGCUCACGGGGGAGACAGAGCAACCGAGUGCAGAUCUCUUAUCGUAUGCGAGAAGUAAUUUCGCACAACAUCUGUCCGCUGUCAACCUAGCGCUUGUCGAUAUUGAAUACAAGAAGUUGUUUGGGCCUCAUCUGAUCAAACUCUUCAUGAAUCCCGCCUCCAUCGAUAUCGCGCUCAACAAUGAUGAGCUACCUGGUCCCUCGACUAAACAACGCCAAAUCGGCCGGGAAUUUAUGCUCAGUGAUGCCAACGCCAAGCUCAUUCUUCGCUGGUUGAAUGACACAGCGGUCAUGUUGGAAAUUGGCAGUGAAGAACGGGAUUGGGUUAAUGGUCUGGUUCAAGUGGAAGGCCACCGAGCAUUGCUGAGUCCAGCUGCGAAGCUGAUGGCCAUUCAUCUGGUCCAAAAGCCUCAUUUCUUACCACUGACAUUGGAUGCCUUUCGAUUUAUCACGAGCUUCCUAAAGAAGUUUGAACUCAAUGACAACUUGCACAAAGUUGGUUCCGUGGAACAAAUUGAACAGGUCGAGCAGUGGUGUAAGGGAGUAUUGAAGGCGCAGAAGGAUUCGUUGUGGCACACGCAAAUUGGCAGCAUUCUACAAAUCUACAGACACAAGGAGGAGGCGCAGGGCCGAGCCCGGCAAGCUUUGGAAAUGGAUCCAAAGAACUGGAGAGCGUCCACUCUUUUGUCUAUUCUGAUCGAACCUCACGAUGGCCUCGCUAUCUUGAAGCCUGCUGCAGAUACCCUCGAGUCCAGCGGAAAAUGGAAGCGAUCCAAUCUCGAGCGCGUGGGACUCGCCAAGAUGCUGUUUAUUCUUGCGGAGCUCAGCUGGCAAGAAAAGCAAACUGAUGCCGCCAUCAAUUUCUGGAUCAGAGCAGUGGAGGUCGAUUUCACUGACUACGGUCGCGUAAUCAAGUGUCUACAAUGCUUCGCUAAACAAGAGCAAUGGUCAGACAUUAUCACGAUUCUGCGAAAGGUGGAUGAGAAAUCCACGGACCAGCUACAGGGUCUAGCUGAAUUAAUUGCCGCAGGUGGUGGUAAAGCAUUCCCCCAUAAAACAAUUUUGCGGGCGGCUCUUCAUUCAGAGCAGCUAGAAUUCAUCGUGUCGGCCUAUGAGCGCUCGAUUCAACUUGUUGAUGAGCGCGGAGAGCGCGCAACGCUAUGCAAUCUCCGUUACCACUGCGGGCGAGCAGCUCAUGCACUGCAGAACGGCUCGUCCAGAGCGGUUCAACAUUGGCGUCAGGCUCUCGAACAUGCAGACCCAUAUCUCUUGUCUUUGAUAAUCAGCUGUAUUGCGCCUUAUUACUUGCAAAAGGCCGCUAUGUCCGGAUCCGAUGCCGAGGCCGUGUCGACCUAUCUCAAGGAAAUUGAAACGCUUCUUCCCGAAGGUGUUCCUGAGGCAGAUGUCCUCAUUUCUCCGAGGGUCUACGUUGCUCGCUAUCACUGGAAACAGGGUAACAAGGUGCAGGCAAAGCAGAUUGCUCGAGAAAUUGUGCACCUUAGUCUGGAUAUACUCUCUGACGACGAUGAAAGCAACGACCUCCCCGCUUACAACCAGCUCUUGUCGGUGUUCAUCGCCUUUGGGGAUAUGACUCACGCUCUGGCGACCCGGGCGCUCAUUGCAUUAAAUUUUGGCGGGGCGCAAUCGGUUGCUUGCGAUGGCGAGUGCAAUCGCUCUUGGCCUGUUUCGGAGGAGACGCAGUGGUGUCAGGAUUGCAUCGACGCCCAUUUCGAAAAAGAGUGUGCUCAGAAGAUCGAACUGAACGCGCUUCCGUUUUCAGUUUGUAAUAACACACAUCAAUUCCUUCACGCUCCCCAGAUGGAUGAGUCUGCCAAGCUCACCUCGCCUCGAAUGGUGCCGGUUGGAGAUGAAGUCAUCUCCUUUGAGGAUUGGCUUGCUCGCAUUGACAAGGACUAUAUUCAAACAAAGAACUGA